AGCUUAUUUAUUUCUUUGCGUUGGGGUUUCUUUCUGUGUUACCAGACCAGCUGCUGUAGCGAGGUUUAUUCAAUCAACAUAUGCAGUGAAGUGGUGAGAUUGGGAAUUAGAGCAGAACAGAGGGGAAUUGAAAUCAGAUCAAGAAUGCACCUGAGCGAGAACGAAGGAAUAGAGGGCAAGACCUUGGUGGUCACGGGUGGACUCGGAUUCGUAGGAUCUGCUCUGUGCUUGGAACUCGUACGAAGAGGUGCUCAUGAGGUGCGAGCCUUUGACCUCCGCGACUCUUCUCCUUGGUUCGCUAUUCUCAAGGACAAUGGAGUCCGUUGCAUUCAAGGGGAUAUCGUUCGCAAAGAGGAUGUGGAAAGCGCCCUCCGCGGUGCCGAUUGUGUGUUCCACCUUGCUGCUUUUGGAAUGUCAGGGAAAGAGAUGCUCCAAUUAACUCGUGUUGAUCAAGUCAACAUAACUGGGACUUGCCAUGUUCUUGAUGCUUGCCUACACCUUGGCAUCAAAAGACUUGUCUAUUGUAGCACCUACAAUGUUGUCUUUGCCGGUCAACGCAUAGUCAACGGAAAUGAGUCCUUGCCUUAUUUCCCUAUUGAUCACCAUGUUGAUCCUUAUGGCCGCUCUAAAUCAAUUGCUGAACAGUUGGUUCUCAAGAACAAUGCCCGCCCUUUCAAGAACGAUGCUGGGAAUUGUCUUUACACUUGUGCUGUUCGUCCAGCUGCAAUCUACGGACCCGGCGAAGACAGACACCUUCCAAGGAUCAUAACCACGGCAAAGUUGGGUCUGCUUCUGUUCACAAUUGGCGACCAAACUGUAAAAUCAGAUUGGGUUUUUGUAGAGAACCUUGUCCUUGCCCUUAUAUUGGCAAGCAUGGGACUUCUGGAUGACAGUGCUGGCAAGGGAAAACAACGCCCUAUAGCUGCUGGCCAGGCAUACUUUAUAUCCGAUGGUUCACCUGUCAAUACUUUUGAAUUCCUCCAACCUCUACUCAGGAGCUUGGAAUAUGAACUGCCCAAAACUUCCUUAGCUGUUGACCAUGCUCUUGUUCUCGGGAGGAUUUGCCAGGGCGUUUAUACAAUCUUAUAUCCAUGGCUUGACCGCUGGUGGCUCCCUCAGCCAUUCAUCCUUCCCUCUGAAGUACACAAGGUGGGGGUGACCCACUAUUUCUCUUAUCUUAAAGCCAAAGAAGAGAUUGGCUAUGUUCCCAUGGUGAGCUCGCGAGAGGGGAUGGCUUCGACCAUAUCUUACUGGCAACAGAGGAAAAUGAUAACUCUAGAUGGCCCUACGAUCUACACGUGGUUGUUUUGUGUCAUUGGAAUGAUCUCUCUGUUUUGUGCUGCUUUCCUACCUGACGUAGGGAUUGUGUUCCUUCUCAGAGCUACGAGUCUAUUUGUCUUUCGGUCAAUGUGGAUGAUAAGGCUGGUGUUUAUUCUAGCAACAGCUGCUCAUGUCUUUGAGGCAAUUUAUGCUUGGUACCUGGCUAAAAGGGUGGAUCAUGCUAAUGCAAGAGGCUGGUUUUGGCAAACUUUUGCUCUUGGGUAUUUUUCAUUGCGUUUUCUACUUAAAAGAGCAAGGAAAUAAAUGAGCACCUUACAAUAUUCUUUUGCUGGUGCUUAUAAAAGAGUAAAGUAAGCAGUUGCUGCAAAAUAAAUUACACAACAACGAACCAGUUAUCAAUUGCAGAAAUUAAGACAGAACAGGAUGAAGAAAUAAGUUUGGAAAAAAAUGUAGUAGAGAAAAUUAUUGAACUUAGUUUUGUUUUUUUAACUUUGUUAUAGUGGUGUAAGACUAACUGCUCUAGUAAUGUCUCUAAAGAUGAAGAUGAAAGGACUGGUGCUAAACAGAACUGGAUGAUAAGGUAAACGAUCCUUGAGUCUCUCGAAGGAUGAGGGAGGCAUUAAAAAAGAAGUAAAGUGUUCUCAGGAACGAUAGAUUUAGCCUUGCAGCCCUUGCUGAUUAUGUUAUAUUCCAUUUUUGCCAUACCUUCAUCAACUUAUUGAGAAUGGUUCUUGUGUUUUACACUAAUAUUUUCUUUGAUUUCA